GGGCAGUGCGCGCUCCUCCCGGUCGCUCCCUCCGCGUUGAGGCCCGCCCGCAGGGCCGGCCGCCUGUCAGAGGGAGGUGGCGAUGGUGCUCUUGGUGGCGGCAGCGGCGGCAAAGCUUUCCUUGGGCGGACGGCAGGGAAAAGAAGAUGACUGACCGAUCAACUGGAUGAAUGAAUGAAUGAAUGGCGGAGCCGAGCGCGCCAUGAGGAGCCUGCCGAGCCUGGGCGGCCUCGCCCUGUUUUGCUGCGCGGCAGCCGCAGCCGCUUCAGCAGCCUCGGCAGGGAAUGUCACCGGUGGCGGCGGGGCCGAGGGGCAGGUGGUCGCGUCGCCCAGCCCUGGGCUUCGGGAACAGGCCAGCAGCCCUUUCUCUAAGGCCGCGGCUCCCACGGCGCAGGCCCCGCGGACCGGCCCCCCGCGCACCACAGUCCACAGACCCGGGGCUGCGACCCCGUCAGCCGGCUCCCCGGAAACCAUCCCUGUCCGCACCAGCGCACAACCCGCUGCCACCCUCUUCCCGGUUGUGGACCUGUCGUCCGCCACCCCUUCGGAGGACGGACACACUCCCACCACCGAACCACUGCCCUCCAGACCCGCGCCCACCACUCUUGCGAGCACAGCUGGCCAGGCGCCGACCACCUCUGUAGUCACCACCGCUCAGGCUUCCAGCACUCCGGGGACCCCGACUGCCGAGUCCCUGGACCGUGGCAGAAACAGCAGCAGAGUCCCGCCCACCGCACCUGUCACCGAAGCCCCUACUCCUCCUCCCCCAGAGUAUAUGUGUAACUGUUCUGAGGUUGGAAGUUUGGAUGUAAAACGCUGCAACCAGACCACAGGGCAGUGCGAGUGUCGUGUGGGUUAUCAGGGUCUUCACUGUGACACCUGCAAAGAGGGCUUUUACCUGAAUCACACUGUUGGUCUCUGCCUGCCAUGUCACUGCAGUCCACGUGGAGCAGUUAGCAUCCUCUGUAACAGUUCUGGGAAUUGCCAAUGCAAAGUGGGUGUCACUGGCUCCAUGUGUGACCAAUGCCAAGAUGGACAUUAUGGCUUUGGUAAGACAGGCUGCUUGCCCUGCCAGUGCAACAACCGGUCUGAUAGUUGUGAUGUUCUCACAGGUGCUUGUUUAAACUGCCAGGAAAAUACUAAAGGGGAACACUGUGAAGAAUGCAAAGAAGGAUUUUAUCAGAGUCCUGAUGCUGCAAGAGAAUGCCUUCGCUGCCCGUGUUCAGCAGUGACUUCUACAGGCAAUUGCACCAUAGAAUCUGGUACGUUGGAGCCUACAUGUGACCAGUGUAAAGAUGGUUACACAGGCCAGAACUGCAAUACAUGUGAAAAUGGCUAUUACCAUUCUGACAGCAUCUGUCUACAGUGUGAAUGUCAUGGCCAUGUGGACCCAAUUAAAACUCCAAAGAUUUGCAAGCCCGAGAGUGGUGAGUGCAUCAACUGCCUUCAUAACACCACUGGGCUCUGGUGCGAGAAAUGCCUAGAAGGCUAUGUUCGAGACCUUCAGAGAAACUGCAUCAAGCAAGAAGUUAUUGUUCCAACUCCUGAAGGUUCUACCAUUUUGGUUUCCAAUGCCUCUUUGACCACAUCAGUGCCCACCCCUGUUAUAAAUAGUACAUUUGCCCCCACAACCCUGCAGACUAUAUUUUCAGUAAGCUCUUCUGAAAACAGCACCUCAGCUCUUGCUGAUGUAUCAUGGACCCAAUUUAACAUCAUCAUUCUGACAGUCAUCAUCAUUGUGGUAGUGCUGCUAAUGGGAUUUGUAGGAGCUGUGUACAUGUACCGAGAGUACCAAAAUCGGAAACUCAAUGCUCCCUUUUGGACCAUCGAACUGAAAGAAGACAAUAUCAGUUUCAGCAGCUACCAUGACAGCAUACCCAAUGCAGAUGUAUCGGGAUUGUUAGAGGACGAUGCCAAUGAAGUGGCUCCCAAUGGGCAGCUGACCCUGACAACGCCCAUUCAUAACUACAAAGCCUAAGAAGCUGAGUUGUCCUCCUGGAUUUUCAGAACACAGUGCUCACUAAUACAGCUCCUGACACCUGGCUGCACAGAGCCUGGGUAGAGUUUGCUGAGAAAGGUACUGUGCAAAUGUUCAGGUACAAACUGUAGUGCGCUUAGCCUGUCUGUUGCUCUUAAUUCCCCAUGAAGAUCUGAAGCACUCAUCAUUGAGGACUUGAAGUAAAGUAUAUUUUUGUAGCAAACCACAUGUGUGUAUGGAAAGGCUGAAUCUCACAGAGCAGCCUAAGUCUACCUGGCCUCUCAAAGGACUGCUCAGAAAGUGUUCACCUCACCAGGAGUGACAGAAUGUUGAUGUGGAGGAGAAAGACUGAUGGAAGCCUUCAUCUACAUUUUGGAAACAUAUUUUAUAAAAGAGAGGCAGGGAAUAUGUUCAUUUUACUAUAUUAAGAGAGAUGAUAUCUAGGCUAUACAACAGUAAAAAAAUCUUGGUCAUGUGUAGACUAAGGGUAGCCAGGUCCCAAGAAGUUCUGUAGAAGGGCUUGGCUUUCCACCCAAGAGUGUCCUUCAAGAAUGGAAUUAAAGCACAGGAUAAGCUUCCAUGGUGAGGGCAGGCACAGCACCCAGAAAGCAGAAAGCUGAUGGUCCUCCUUGGAGAGGUUCCUGCCUCUAAAGAAGAAACAAGGUGUACAUAAUUAAUGUAGCAUUAUCUGGUCAACAUUGUACUUGUAUCUAUUUGUAAAAAAUCAUGUCCUAUUUUAUCAUCUAGACUUUAUCUGUAUAGCAGUUAAUGGUGUUGUAAAAAAGAAGAAAGGGGAAAUUGGUUAAAAUACUGUAAAAUAGGUGACAAUAUUGCUAGAGCUGGGACUCUGGUGAGCAUCAGUCAUUUUAGUUCCUAUUUGGACAGUUUUGAAAUUUAUAAGAGGUCAAAUUUUUCUAAUCUUUCCUCCCUCAACCUAGAGUCAUAUACUAUGUGACUUACCAUAGAUUCAAGCAAUAGAUUUUGAAGUCUAUAAUUGUGAAACUGGAACACAGGCUGCAUUCUCCAGACCCACCUAAUUAGCCACUCUGUUUUACAAUGCUCAGUGUAGACAUCCUCAAGAAAAGACUUCUUUCCUGAAUGUAAAAGACAGUCUUCCAAAGGAUAGUAAUUUUAAAUUAAAAAGAAAAGCCAUCACAUCACUUUGGGUCCCUUGUUUUUAUACCCAUGAAAUAUUUAUGUGCCUCCCAUAUCUGCCAAAAUAAAGGCCUCUGACAUUUGAGCAUAACCUGUCACCCAUGCAUCAUGAGGAAUGUUUGGCUUCUUCAGUGCUAGAGUUCAUCCAUCUUCAUUUCUGGGCAGAGGGGUCACACUAGUUGGGUGUGUAUUUCGUCCUUGCUUUUUGUUGCCAUUUUUCUCUGAGGCUGCUUUCAUUUGUGGGUUGAGAGCCAAGAAAAGUGACUCAGACUAUGAAGUAGUCAGGGGGAAACAGAACAGAAACUAAACCUUGAAAACUCAGAUUUCUUUGCUUACCUCCUCAGAAUAUAGACUUUGGUCAUCCUUUAUAGGAGACCCCACCUUCUUCUCAGGGUUUAGAAAUGACUGUAUCCUAGAGGAUCCAUAGGAAACCUGAGUGUGCUCUGCGUAUUUGGCUAUCUUUAUAAAGGUAGACAUUACUUCUCAUUGUGCGGAAACAAUUUACAAGUGGCUGACUGAUUGCCUAGCAUAUGAGUCUAUGGGUUUAAUCUUUAGAAUUACAAAAGAUAUUAAUAUUUUAUUGUCAUUUACAAACAACUUUGUCAUUUUCAAAAUCCCUUUCCAUGUAUAUUCUUUCAUCCUCACCAUGGCCUCCUUAGGGACUAGUCUUAUACUCAUGUCAUAGGUGUAGUAACUGAGGCACAGAGAGUCAAAGUUCAGCACUAUACAAUGCACAGCAUUAUUGCCUGAAUCAAUUCACACCUCUACUUCAUUGUCAUUUUGCUAUGUGAUAACAUAGAAAUCUACUAGCCAUGGACCCUAGAAGGCUGGAAUGAACAUUCUCAUUUGUGGAUGCUUCUAAUAGAGCCCUUGUGUGCUCUUGAGUGUACUUCCCCCACCGUGUGGGGGGAGGGGGAGUAUGUGACUCACAGCACAAUACAGGACCACAUAGCUACUAAGGACUUAGUUAAAAGAACUUUCGAGGAUUUCUACCUAAAGACAGGAUUAAUGAUGAGAAGGCAAAGCUGCUGAUAAGUCUUCAUUAAAACAAGUGAUUUGCUGAAUUGUGGGGGGAGCAGGGAGACAUUUCCUAGCAGUUGCAGCACAGGUGUAUACAGUCAUACAUCACACAGUUCCAAAGCACUAAGCACCCAGUGACUACCUUUCUGAUACCCCAUCUCCUGCCAAAAAUAAUGGUAAGAAGAUAAAAAAAUCAAAUGUUUGUUAAACAGAUGUUUACCCAAUAAAUAAAUAAGGAGUGUUUGUAUGCGUCUGAGAGCCAAAUUAAAUAGUCAAGAUUUCAGCUAAAUAGAGAUUCCAUGAUACAGUUCUUAAAAGAUAACACUAAAACUAAACCACAAAAUUAUCAAAUACCUGUUAAUAGCUCCUAAAUCAUGAUUUUUAAAAUGAAGAAAACAGUCUUAAAAUGUGUUUUAAGUAACAUCAUUUGAUGAUCAGUGCUCUGCUUGUAGAAAUAAUUUUGCUGUAAAAAUCAACAAUGAGGUCAACACCUCUUGAAAGUAGAGUAGGAAACCAAUAUAAAACAUACUGCAGGAUUUUCAUUCCUCUGGAGCUAUCGCCACCCAAUGCUACAGGGCCUCUGCAAAGCUGGAGCAAUUUUUGUCUAAGAAUAGAGAAAACAUUGUUUUGAAAAUAUACUACAUACAUGAACCUUAAUGAGAAAUGAAUGUGAGUGUUACAUUCAUUAGAUCCCCUUAUUAAGCCCUGCACAUUUCUGAUAUGUGGAUGUUGUAAUCAGUGUCAACCAUGACUUUGACCUCCCUUAUCACCACCAUCCCCUACAUUGCCUCUAAGGACUCUCUUAUUUACAAUCUCCCCAAUUGCAGAGGAAGCAAAACGAUAAUAAAAGCGUCUUAUUUAUAUGAACAUGCUGUGGACCCAGUGCAUUAUUUUUUUUCCAGGGAUACUUAGAUUUUAAGGUAGUGCAAUAGGGCAGACAUGGGCUGGGAGGAUAAGUUUUUAUUGUUUUGGUUUGGUUUGGUUUGAUUUUGUUUUUAACGAGAUUAUCUAAAUCCCAAAUGAUACCACUUUUCCCUAGUCCCAGUAUUUCCAGAAUUAUUAAUCAUCAAAGCAAUACUCAUUGACCUACCAGUUAAUUUGGGUUAUCUGAUCAUCAAGAUGCUGUGUUUUAGAAUAAGAGAGUCAGAGCUUUAUUAUUCAUCAUUCACCCUAGUCCUCUGCUUUUUUUUAUGUUUAUAAACAUACAAUUAAUUCUAAUAGUUCUUUCUGGUUUCUUAUUGUUUGAAGUGGUGUGUGGUUAGGAAUUGGUUUCUGCAUCAUUCAAGGAAAUCUGACAAAAUAUUUAAUAUUCAGAAUAAGUUAAAAGAACCUAGUGCAAUCAUUAGGGCAGUAGAAGUUGUGACCUCAUCCAUACGCACAAAAACACAAAUACAUACAUACAUACAUACAUACAUACACACAUACACACAACAUACAUACAUACAUUACAUACAUGCAUACAUACAUACAUACCUUUAGUCUGUUGGUACUUUUGACAGGAAAUGGUUUAGGAGUUGAAAGAGGUUUGGUGUCUGUGUUGAAGAUCUGGGGGAGGUUACAGAAGGUUAAUUUGUCUUUUUCUUUCACUCUGAGUGAAUGGCUAAGCUGGAAGAACAUGGUGAUCAAUCUGAAGAAGUCAAAUAAUGUCAAAUGGCUAAAGCUUAUGGAUCAUUAAAAUGUCAGUGGUUUGAAUGAUACUUUUUCAAGAAACUGGGGGUCUUCCUUGUUACUUAUACAUACACAAAAACUUCAGCAGCCCUGGAGUGAGCCCAGAGCUUCAGAUUCAAGCUUGCCCAAAACUAAAUGACUUCUAGUCCUCUUUUAAUGCUAGGCACAAGCAUUCUCUAUUCUUAAAUAUCAGCCCAAUCAAUUAGGGUAUGUUUCUAAAAAUUUAACCUGCAUUUAUGUCACUAAAAUCUUAACCCAAAAUUUAAAAAACAUGUCUCAUAUGUGUGCUGUACUAGGCUUCAUGAUGCAUUUCUAAAUUUGUGUAUGAUUUGAAUAUAUGAAAGAAUUUAUACAAGAGUGUUAUUUAAAAUUAUUAAUAAAUGUAUAUAAUUUGUACCUAUUGUA